AGUUAGAGGGGCGGGGGGCGGGGCUGCCGCCCAGCUGGGGCUCGCGCCCUCUGUGUGGGCACAGCCAGGGGUUCAGGGGAGCCUGAGAGGGAAAAAGAGGCAGGGUCCUGGCUCCUGAGACCCGAGCCGACCUGAGUGAGGCCGCCCCUCCCCUCCUGGUUGUGCUGCGAGGCGAGGAGCCCCGCCCUGUGCCCACCUGCCCGCGGCCCCCCACGGAGGCAGGGCGGCCCACCCGGGUGACCCUGGAGCCACGGAGGGGCAGUAAGCACCGGUGCGCGAUCCUGCGGGGUCACCCAGAGGCGAGUGCAGGUAACGGAGCGGAGGAGCCGAGAUGGAGCCUGUGAGCCGAGGUCGGAGGUCAGAGGAGGGUGUUGUUGCCCCAUCAGCUGCGGUUCCCGCAGGAGCCCAGAAGCCGCUCCAGGCGCCAGAGGGGCGGCAGAGUCAGUGUCUGAGCGCCCCUGCCAAGGCAGGAGGGGGACGACCCCCCUGCCGCCCAUCACUCCUGCCCGUGUGCCUCAGCAGCUGAACCUGACUCCACCCAGGACUCCUGGACCCCCAAGCAGGGCGGCUGGAGAGGGCUGCUCUCAGGACUCCAGCCCCCGGGGUGCGGAGGCCGGGAGGGAGUAAGAACAGACACCCCACUCACAUGCUGGGGGCUGGGGCUCCUGGAAGUCCAAGUUCAUCUCAGACCCCUCGGAUGGCCUCCUUACUCUGUUGUUCUCUUAGCAUAAAAACAAGGGAGGAAACCACAGAGGAAAAGGCAGAUUAGACCUCAAAACAAAGCAGAGCUUCUAUAAUCCAUAUGUCAAAAAAAAGUGUGCACAAAGUUAAAAGGCAAAUUACAAGCUUAUAACAAAUAGCUGUCACACUAAUGGGCAUGUUGAUUCUCUCAAUCUAUGAAGAGCUCCUAUAAACGAUUGGGAAAAAUAAUAUCCCAAUAGAAAAAGGUAGCCAAGAAUAUUAAUUGAUAAUUCACAGAAGAGAAAUACAAGUAAAUGUCCAGUAAACGACGUAUGAAAAUCUCAUUGACAGUAAAAGUUUAGGACGUCCCUAGUGGCACAGUGAAUAAGAAUCCGGCAUUAAGUUUUUUGCCAUCUCACUGUAAGUCUUCCAGGAGCAUCAUGGAAAUGACUGCAUCCCACUCACCUGCAGCAUGGAGAGCUUGCAUCUGACUCCCUGCGUUGACAUUCAGGAUGUUAACAUUUUCGCCGCUGCACAUGCCGUUGCCCUGAGCGUCUCCUUUGUGGAUAUUUUCUGCCUUUUGUCUGGUUUCCUUAGAGUCCCAGAAGUGUGGUUACUGGGUUAAAGUGUGUGGGAAAUACAAGACCCUUGAAACAUAUUUCCAAAUUGCUUUCAGGAAAGACACUCCAGCCCCAUCCCCAGGAGGCCUGCUCACUGUUAUGUUGGCAACAGUGAGUGCUAAGUCGCUCAGUCAUGUCUGAUUCUUUUGCGACCCCUUGGGCUGCAGCCUGCCAGGCUCCUCUGUCCCUGGUAUUCUCCAGGCAAGAAUAAGGGAGCGGGUUGCCGUGCCCUCCUCCAGGGGAUCUUCCUGACCCAGGGAAGGAACCGGUGUCUCUUAGGUCUCCUGCAUUUGCAGAUGUGUUCUUCACCACUCCUCCACCUGGGAAAUGCUGCUGGCAACAGUAGAUGUUCUUUUUUUCUUAUUGUCGAAACUUAGUUUUUUGAAUACUUAAGCCAUGACACGCACAGGUUACAAAACCCAACACGUUUCAGAGUAAAUGGAGAGGAGUCUCUGCUGACACUAAUUCCCUCUGCCAGAGAUUUUCCUUGCUUGGUUAUUGUUUGUUUGUUUUUGAGGGGAGGUAAUUUUUAAAAUCAUUCAUUUGAAAAACUUCAUAGGAGCUUGCUCUUUUUUUUUAUUGUGGUGAAAUACACGUGACAUAGAAUUUACCAUCUUAGCCAUUCUUAGGUGUAUGAUGCAAUACAAUUCAGUGGGUUAAGUAUGUUCGCAUGUGAAUAUCACCACCGUCUGUCUCCAGAACCUUCUCACCUUCGCAAAUGGCAACUCUGCGUCAAAUAACAGUUCCCACCCUCUCUCCAUCCCCACAUCACACCCCACACACCUUUCUACUUCCUGUCCUGGGAAUCUGACUCCUCACAUAGGCAGAAUCACACAGGGCUUUUCCUUCGGGGUUGUUUUCUGUGUUUAUUUCCGUCUCUGCCCCCCUCACAGUCUCCGCCCAGGGACCAACUCCUGGGGGAGGACCUGCAGGGUCAGAAGGUUGGUCAGGGGCUCCCCACUGUAGGGCGCUGGGGCCCCCACGUCUGGAGGCGCUGCCCCCUCCCCGGGCUGUUUCUCCUCCAGACACUGAGCCCCCAGAAGCAGGCGUUCAUCAUGGAGAUCCUGUCGGGGUGUCUGGAGUACCGCAAGCUGCUGACCAUCGUGGUGGACGCCUUCUAUGUGCGGGAAGGCCGGCUCUGCCUGCGGGCUGACUACAGCCUCUUUGAGGUGAUCUGCUACUUGGCCACGUUCCAGCUGGAGGAGCUCGGCUUUCAGCUCUUCUGUGACGUCCUGCGGUCCCAGCCGGUCCACAAGGUGUGCAAGUUCCUCGGGUUCCUCUUCAACCCCUUGAACCUCAGCUCAUGGAUCAAGGACGAGUGGAGCCUUGUCUACGAGACGUCCCACGUGAAGGAGAACUGGAUCGACCCCCUGAUGAGGUGGCAGCCGGAAGUCCAGGAGCUGAUCGACCAGCUGCAGGGGGAGCUGACCAGCCAGCCCUCUCCUCCAAAGAGCAAGGCCAAGGUCACAGAGCCCAAGGAGUUCAGCCUGACCACCCCCAGGCCCCGCGCCAUCCCCGUGCCUGAGCUGGUCCCCAAGGUGGCCAAGACCAGACCGGUCCCCAGGAGCACCUACCAGCCGCCCAAGGAGCAGCGGCUGCUGGAGAUGACCAAGAGAUACAACCGCUGGAAGGCCGAGGAGCUGCUGCUGCGGGCUAACAUCGAGGAGCUGCGGUGCGCGGUGCCCAGGAGCCGCGGGGAGCCCCAGCUGCAGGACUCCAAGAAGAAGCCGCGGCUCCGGCUCCCACCUCGUAUCCUCAAGAGCCAGAAACUGACCUUCUACACGCCUAACGACAACGCCCCGGUCAAGCUCAACACGGCCGCCAUCCUGCGCGAAGGGGCCUUGUACCAGCGGCAGGUGGAGAAGGAGCUGCAGAGGGUGGACCGGCUCGUGGACGGGGCCGGGGACUUCUCCGAGUUCCUCGAGUGGCAGAGGCGGAUGCAGGCGAAGGACCGGGAGGAGCAGCUGGCCGCGGGCGAGGUCCGCCGGCUGCGGGGGAAGCUGAGCCACGAGGAGGCGGCGCUGGCGCGGCAGCAGGUGGCGCAGGAGAAGAGGCGGACGGCAGAGCUGAAGAAGGAGGAGACAGCCGAGCUGAUGCAGCGGUGCGCAGAGAGGCGCCUCCAGGAGGAAAAGUCCAUGAAGGAGCUGGUGGAGCAGGUGAUAGAGACACAGAAGAACGUCAAGGUGGCACAGACGGAGCUCCGGAAAAGCCGUCGGCGGAUAGCUCAGGAGGUGACGGAGGAGAACCGGGAGCUGCUGCAGCGCAGCGCGGAGGCGGCCAAGGAGGAGCAGAAGCGGCGCUGCGACCUUGUCUCCCAGCUGCGAGCCCUGGAGUCUCAGCCCACGCGCAGGGGCAAGCUGGUGGACCUGACCCAGAUCCCUGGCCACGGCCUGGAGGGGGAGAUGUCGGUUGUGGAGUUGCGUGAGCGGCUGGCCCUGCUCAAGGAGACCCGGCGUCGCCAGGAGGAGGAGCGGCGAGACCAGAUCAUCCAGGGCCAGCGCGCCAAGAGCCGGGAGCUGCGGGACACGCUGGAGAGGGUGGCGCUGUGCCGUGCCGCCAUGGGGCGGUCUGCAGCCCUGAGGUGGGAGGAGAAGAAGGCGCGCUGGGCGGCCGCCGGAGCGCCCUCCCAGGACGAGCGUGUGCUCGAGCUGCAGCGCCGGAUCCAGGAGAAGGCGGCCGAGCGGCGCGCGCGGGCGGCCUCGGGGCACGUGCCGGCGCCGCGGGCCGUGCGCCCCAAGCAGCGGGCGCAGCUGGAGGCGCAGCGCAGGCUGGAGCUGGAGCGGAGCCGCGAGCGCUGGCUGCGGGCGCAGCAGCCCGGAUGCGGGCCCGCGCGCCGCCUGGGGGCCGCCUGAGCCGUGCAGCCUCCCCUCGCCCUCACCCAGGAUCCCGGGACCCCAGCCCGAAUGAAGACCGCGGGGCCGUGCCGCCUGCCCCGCUCCGCCCGCCUCUGCUCGCCCAGCGCAGGGGUGCCAAAUAAAAGGCGGGACGCCCA